CUGUAGAGGACAAAAGUGUGUGAGAAACCACGUCGUCUGACGGGAUGAACCAGCCCAGUGUUUAUUAGAAGACACACACACCCACACUUCUAUAUAUAUAUAUAUAUAUACACGACAAAGGCGAGAGUUCUCUGAGAUUUGGAUGCGACGUUGAGACAGAGCUACGUAACGAAGGGACGAGGAUGGCAGACAUACGCAAAAAACUUGUGGUGGUCGGGGACGGAGCAUGCGGUAAGACGUGUCUCCUGAUCGUUUUCAGCAAGGACGAGUUUCCAGAAGUCUAUGUCCCGACAGUGUUUGAGACCUACGUUGCGGACAUAGAGGUGGAAAACAAACAGGUCCAGUUGGCCCUAUGGGACACGGCCGGACAGGAGGACUACGACCGCCUUCGCCCUCUCUCCUACCCGGACACAGAUGUGAUCCUCAUGUGCUUCUCCGUGGACAGCCCGGAUUCCCUGGAAAACAUUCCGGAAAAGUGGGUGCCCGAGGUCAAACACUUUUGUCCCAACGUGCCCAUCAUACUAGUGGCCAACAAGAAGGAUCUGCGCAACGACGAGGGCGUAAAGAACGAACUGUCCCGGCUGAAGCUGGAGCCGGUGAAGGCAGAGGACGGCCGCGCCAUGGCCACGCGCAUUGGCGCUUAUGACUAUUUGGAGUGUUCGGCCAAAACCAAGGAGGGGAUCUGGGAAGUGUUCGAAAGCGCGACACGUGCGGCCCUACAGGUCCAGUUAGCCCUAUGGGACACGGCCGGACAGGAGGACUACGACCGCCUUCGCCCUCUCUCCUACCCGGACACAGAUGUGAUCCUCAUGUGCUUCUCCGUGGACAGCCCGGAUUCCCUGGAAAACAUUCCGGAAAAGUGGGUGCCCGAGGUCAAACACUUUUGUCCCAACGUGCCCAUCAUACUAGUGGCCAACAAGAAGGAUCUGCGCAACGACGAGGGCGUAAAGAACGAACUGUCCCGGCUGAAGCUGGAGCCGGUGAAGGCAGAGGACGGCCGCGCCAUGGCCACGCGCAUUGGCGCUUAUGACUAUUUGGAGUGUUCGGCCAAAACCAAGGAGGGGAUCUGGGAAGUGUUCGAAAGCGCGACACGUGCGGCCCUGCAGAAGCGACCCACGCCGCCAGGGGGUUGUCUCAAGUGUUGUGUUUUGAUGUGAUGUGUCCACGGUGCGUGGAGGAGAACCACCCGGGAGAGGCAGACGUUGCACCACGGGACCCGUGUCUGGACAUGCCUGGCAGUGGCGAGGUCACUGCCGCAUGGGUUUGGAUACACCCUGAGCAAGGACUGACCCAGAACUGUUGACUGAGAACAGAGAUUUUGUUGUUGUUGUAUCGGCUGGCUGUGUGUGAAAUGCACUGUGAAAGUGUGUGUUCUUGGUGGAUCACAUGAUCCACUCUGACUUUAUACAAUGUGACCGACGAUUUGACAAAAGACUGAUUUUUACAGUGUUAGCAACUUUGUCUAAAGGACACUGUGCCGCGGCCAAGGAAGCAAAACAGUUCCAGUUCCUCAUUUUGUAUUGUAAAAUGGAGGUAUUGAGAUGUUCAGUUUUUCACACUGAUUUACACCACGUGGAAGAAAACUUAUUAUUAUUUUAUAUGCACCACAUCUUAAUACUGUUGGUUCUAAGUCUGACUUGGACUUGGGCUGCAGCAGCAAACAGUUAUUAUUCUGAUACUCCAUUUGAUUCACAGAAGGAACAGGAUGUUUUUAUAAAAACAAAAACGUUACUUUAACUCACAGUUAUUUCUUUAUUGCCAAUUAUUUUGUCAAUUGGACAAAUUAUCAUGAAACCUACAAAUUCCAGAAAGUGGUUGGAUAAAAUGUUUGGCUCAUCCAAACCCUCAAAUCAUGGCUGCCUUAAAUUGUUUUGGCCCACAAAUCAAAGUUUACUAUUUUAUAGAGAUAAACAAACCAGACUGUAGUUCUAGUUAAGCUUUUUUUGUUAAUAAAAACAAAAAGCUUAUUCAGAACUAUGAAAUAGUUCAUAAGUUAGUCAACUGAUAGCUGCAGUCCCAGUCCGCAAACCAAAGAUUUACUGUUUCAGAGUUUAUUCAUAAAAGAGCAGCUGAAAUCACAGGAGUUGCUAUAAAAAACAACAACAAUGAAUCAUUUUUUUUUAGUUUCAUUUAAUUUAUAUAUUUAUCAAAUUCUAAUUGGAAGGAUUGUCACCCUGAGAGCUGUGGUGUAACAGGCUACAUUUGAAUCUGGAGUCUGCACAUUGAAAGAACUACAGAUGAAAAGUGUAAUUUUAUAAACAGCUUUAUGUAAAGGUACAAAAAUCUGAUACUGAAAUAAUGAUUUUAUAAUGAUUGUAUGGCCUCGGGAUAUUUACAAGCUGACAUAUCUGAUGGCUGUGGCUCUCUGACGUUGUUCAUUUAAACCCAGAAUGUUUUGCUGGUUUUAUUAACUCAGUGAUUCUUAAAUGGUCUCGACCCAGAACCCAAACCUAAUAAUACAACCUUUUGGUUUGUAACCUAACAGUAAAAACCGGGACAUCUACAUAUACAUCUAAUGCUUACGGCUUUGCGUUUCAAAACGAGCAAUUAUGCUUGUCAUACUGCCGCAGUAUUGUAGGUGUCAUUCCUGUUUCUGCCAAUAAGGGGUGAAGCUCCAAUGACAACAGUUAGUACUGUUGUAAUGUUGUUAGAUUAAAACGCACAAUGAGUGUUUGGUAACAGCUCUGGAGCCACCAUUUGAGAAAUACUGAGUAAAAGAGUGGUUUUAGAAAAAAAGGAAAAAUUGGCUGAAUUUUAGCUACUUGCAAAAUUUAAUGGCAUCGGGCUACUGAAUAUUAAAUGUAUUUCAAAGGAAAUGUGUUACGUUAUGUUGUUAAAACCACACUCUUCUAGUGAUAACAAAGAAAAACUUUGGAGUAUUUUUUUUUUUCCCAGGGGCUGUAAAAAGUUUGUCAGAAAAACUGAGUGAGGAUUUAGAGGUGAAGUCCUAAAGGUAAAUAAAUGACUGUGAAUGUACUUCAGUGUGUGUAUUGUCGGAGCUUUGAAGGUAGAAGCGCAUAAAUCAUUGUAUGACAGCCUAAUAUUCCAUUCUUGUGCAAUAAAUUCAGCUCAUGUUGGAUGUGUGUGUUCACAGCGGUGUUGUGUAACUGUUCUCUUACACUUGUGCUUGUCCUGAAUGACAGUGAUGAACAUCCAUUACAGACACUGUUGCUAUAGUGAAAUUCCAGGGGGCAAAGCCUGCUGGUUAUACAAUGGGACUUUUUUGGUGGGGGUGGCCUGGGGGGGGACUUUACUUUAAAUGUGCAGUUUAAAGACAUUAAAGAUACAUUUGUUGGGUUUGGGAGAGUCGCUGUUACCAAAUCGGAGCUCAUUUACGAUUGUGUAAAAGUCAAAUUCCUCCCUGUCUCUCUGUUGCUGGGAUUUUUGCUGAUUUAGAGAGCAGGACUGCAUUGGCUGGAUUGGUUAAUUUUCCCACACUGGCCUCCCUUCAUGUGCUUCGAAUUUGCUCUAUUAGACCCUGCCCACACACACACCAGACAGUUAAUUGGUCUUUUAUAUAUAAAAAGAAAUCUCUCUGUAAAAUAAAAAAAAUGACAAUAUUAAUGGAAUGCUUUCUAGGUUUCAUAAUCUUUGAAGGGAUUAAUGUGUCGAACGAGUACGUUUAUGAAAAAGGCAAUAGAAUUCAUGUUAAACCUUGGUUCAGUUGAGCCUCGAACGUGUCUGUGGUUCAAACACUGUAUAAGUUUAGUUAACUUCAAGUUACAAAACACCGAGUUCACUCAACGAGACAACUGCUUCAACAAAUAUUUUAAUUUUUUUUAAGGAUCCCAUCACGAGGCCGUUUUUAUUUGCAUCCCAGACAAUCUAAAUGACUAUUUACUGAAACAUCUGUGAUGGCUCUGUGGCCGCAGCAAAAGCCGCAGCCUGAAGAAUGUUGCAAAGGAUUAUAUUGGAAUUUUCUAGAGCAACAGUGUUUGGUUUUGAACCUCCUUAACUGGUCUGUCUGCAGUCCAAAUCUGUUUCCUAUUUACUUACUGAUUUCUUUUACAGCAAGAAUUUAAAAAAUCCACUCGCCAAAUUCCAGAGAAUAACAUCCCUAACUUGAGAAAAAAAAAAGAAAAUUCUCUCUUCAUACUUGAGAAACUCUGGAUUUUGGCAUCCAUUUUGGCAUCGUUUGUUAUUGUGUUCUGUUUUGGAAUUUUUUAAACAAUAAAUUUGAUAUAUCAACUAA